GUGUUGCUUCUUUAUUUGAAUUGGCCACUAUCCCAAGUAUCAGCCAUGAAUCCUUGGUGCCUUUCAAAUCUAGACUUCUGUCAUUCAAAAAUCUCAGCUCAUUGAACUCGUGGAACCAAGAAAGGAGCCAACUGUGUCAGCCUCAAACCACUAUUUCCUCCAAUGAGCUCAUCCAUAGGCUGUCCAGUGAGGAGAGUGUAGAGCAGCAGAUGGUCUCACUGACUAAGGCCUUUCAGCUCACAGAGGAAAACAGCAGACUGCGUUUCCUUGUUUGCUCUCUCCUCAAGGACAUAGCAGUUGCUUAUUUUCCAGAAUGCACCAUCAGGCCAUUUGGCUCGUCUGUGAAUGGCUUUGGGAAGCUCGGCUGUGACCUAGACAUGUUCCUUGAUCUGGACAGCAUCAGUGGGAGGAACGUAAAAAUGCCUAAAUCCGGUUUCUCCCUGGAGUACCAGAUGAAGCGGGUCAAUUCGGAGCGAGCCAUCACUCAAAGCGUCCUGUCUGUUAUUGGGGAAUGCGUGGAUCAGUUUGGGCCUGGAUGUGUAGGGGUGCAGAAGAUUCUGAAUGCUCGAUGCCCACUCGUCCGAUUUUCCCAUCAACCCUCUGGUUUCCAGUGUGACCUCACAGCCAACAACAGGGUGGCAAUGAAGAGCACAGAGCUACUGUACCUGUAUGGAGGGCUGGACACACGGGUGCGCAGUCUGGUGUUUACCAUCCGGUGUUGGGCCAGGUCUCACGGCAUCACCAGCAGCAUACCAGGAGCCUGGAUCACUAACUUCUCCCUCACAGUCAUGGUGUUGUUCUUCCUGCAGAAGCGAAGCCCUCCCGUUAUCCCCACACUGGACCACCUCCGGGACCUUGCAGGCCCUGAAGACAAGAGCAUGAUUGAGGGGAGCGACUGCACGUUUGUCAGCGACUUCAGCAAGAUCCAGCUUCAGAGCAACAUGGAGACACUGGGUGAUUACGAGUACCAAAAAUGAAGGCUGCAGGGCCAGAGUUCAGUUUGAUGACAAUGGCGGUUUUAUUUAUAGUGCACAUUUCACUGCAGGCACAGUGCUGUAAUGUAAUGUAUUGAAAUUGUAAUGAAAUGUAUUCACCCCCAUACAGAUUUCCUCUUUUUGCAUUUUUGUUGCACAUACACUUUUUUGAUAAUCAAUCAGAAAAAGAUAACCUGAAUAAAUACAAAUGGCAGUUUUUUUAAAUUAUGUUUUCAUUUUCUGGCCCUAUGUGAAAAAGUAAUUUCCAUCUAAGCCUAAUAACUGCUUGUGCCACUCUUGGUGAAAACUGCAAUCAAGCAUCAGUGUUAACUUGACUUUGAGUCUUUAUUUGUUGCUGCACUUUGUCCUGCGGCAGACAAGUGAGCUUGAGCUUAAGGUGAGGAACUGAUUGUUGACGUUCUCCUGUAGGAUUUUUAGCUAGAGAGCAGAAUGCAACAUUUCCUUCCCCUUGUCCUGUCCGGCAUU